AUGGCUGAUGCCAUCGUUUCUAUUGUGCUGGAACGCUUAACUUCGGUUGUUGAACAGCAGAUUCAUGAACAAGUUUCUCUGGUUCCGGGUGUUGAAUCAGAAAUUCAAAGUCUCAAAAACACACUCCGCUCCGUCCGAGAUGUUCUUGAAGAUGCCGAGAGGAGAAAAGUGAAGGAAAACUCUGUCCAAGGUUGGUUGGAGAGGCUCAAAGACAUGGCCUACGAAAUGAUGGACGUGCUGGAUGAGUGGAGCAUUGCUAUUUUUCAAUUCCAGAUGGAGGGAGUUGAAAAUGCUUCCACGUCUAAGACGAAGGUAAGCUUCGGUAUGCCCGCCCCUUUCAUCCGUUUCAAGCAAGCUGCAAGUGAACGGAUCGACUUUAAUUUUGUCUCUAGUAGGAGUGAGGAGCGACCACAGCGACUUAUAACUACCUCUGCAAUUGAUAUUUCAGAGGUGUACGGUCGGGAUAUGGAUGAAAAAAUCAUAUUAGUCCAUUUGUUGGGUAAGAUGUGUCAAGAGAAAUCUGGCAUCUACUUCGUCUCCAUAUUUGGGACGGGAGGCAUGGGAAAAACAACUCUUGCUCGACUAGCCUACAACCACCGAAAGGUGAAGACCCAUUUUGAUGAAAGAAUAUGGGUCUGUGUCUCUGAUCCUUUUGAGCCAGCCAGAAUUUUUAGGGAUAUUGUUGAAAUCAUCCAGAAAGCGUCUCCUAAUCUCCAUAAUUUGGAAGCUUUACAACAAAAGUUUCAAACGUGUGUCUCUGGAAAGAAGUUCCUUCUUGUGCUAGAUGAUGUGUGGACUGAAGACAAUCAAUUGUGGGAACAACUGAAGAACACCCUCCACUGCGGAGCAGCAGGGAGUAGAAUUCUGGCGACCACACGCAAAGAGAGUGUUGUUAAGAUGAUGAGAACUACGUACAAGCAUCUCUUGGGGGAGUUGUCUUCGGAGCAAUCUCGGGCAUUAUUCCAUCAAAUAGCUUUCUCUGAAAGGAGUACUUGGGAGAAAGAGGAAGAAUUAAAAGAAAUUGGUGAGAAAAUAGCAGACAAAUGCAAGGGCUUGCCCCUCGCUAUAAAAACUUUAGGGAACCUCUUGCGCUUAAAAAAUAGCGAGGAAGAAUGGAAGAACGUAUUGAAUAGUGAAGUAUGGCAGCUAGAUGAGUUUGAGAGAGAUAUUUCCCCUGCUUUGUUGUUGAGUUAUUAUGAUCUGCCCCCUGCAAUUCAACGCUGCUUCUCAUUUUGUGCUGUUUUUCCAAAAGACUCAGUUAUUGAGAGAGAUGAGCUGAUCAAGUUGUGGAUGGCACAAAGCUAUCUCAAAUCUGAUGGGAGUAAAGAGAUGGAGAUGGUUGGGAGAACGUACUUUGAAUAUUUAGCUGCUCGGUCUUUCUUCCAAGAUUUUGAAAAAGAUGAUGAUGGUAAUAUAAUAGGUUGUAAGAUGCAUGACAUAGUGCAUGAUUUUGCUCAAUUUUUGACUCAGAAUGAAUGCUUUAUUGUGGAGGUUGACAACCAACAAAUGGAGAGCAUAAACUUAUCCUCCAAAAAGAUUCGUCAUACCACCUUAGUUGUCCGAGAGAGUACCCCUAAUUUCGCCUCCACUUAUAACAUGAAGAAUCUACUCACCCUCUUGGCUAAGGAAGCAUUCAAUUCAAGUGUUCUUGAAGCCUUACCUAAUUUGUUAAGGCAUUUGACAUGUCUCAGGGCAUUGGAUUUGAGCAGCAAUCGGUUGAUUGAGGAACUUCCUAAGGAGAAACUACCACAAGCAAUGGGUAAACUAAUUAAUUUGAGGCAUCUUGAAAAUUAUGGUGUUCUAGAGGGCUUACCAAAAGGAAUUGGAAGAUUAAGCUCUCUUCAGACACUGGAUGUUUUCAUUGUGAGUAGUGAUGGCAAUGAUGAAUGCCAAAUAGGAGACCUGAGAAACUUGAACCUAAGAGGAUGUCUUUCCAUUAAAGGGUUAGAUGAUGGGGAGGCAGAAAAAGCAGAAUUGAAGAAUAAGAUACACCUCCAACGUUUGGAUUUGGAAUUUGGUAGAAAGGAGGGGACCAAGGGUGUGGCUGAAGCUCUACAACCCCAUCCAAACUUGAAAUCUCUACGUAUAUUCGAUUAUGGUGAUAGAGAGUGGCCCAAUUGGAUGAUGGGUUCAUCAUUAGCUCAACUGAAAAUACUCGACCUCGACUCUUGCUUAAGAUGUCUGUGUUUGCCUCCUUUGGGGCAACUGCCUGUCCUUGAGAAGCUGGUGAUAUGGAAGAUGUAUGGUGUGAAAUACAUAGGUAGUGAGUUUUUGGGAUCAGCAUCAACAGUAUUCCCAAAGCUGAAGCAACUGAUUAUUUCUCGUUUGGAUGAAUUGAAGCAAUGGGAAAUAAAAGAAAAAGAAGAGAGGUCAAUAAUGCCAUGUCUCAAAUACUUGAUUACGGAAUACUGCCCAAAGCUGGAGGGACUGCCGGACCACGUGCUCCAGAGGACACCAUUGCAGAAAUUGGACAUCACAUGUUCUCCUAUUCUAGAACGACUCCUAUUCUAG